AACAAGACUAAUUUGGCGGCUACUAAAAUUACCACUCCAUAUCUCCCCAAGUCGGCUGGUCUGAUUACUCCACACACGUCUCUGACUCUGCCUCUCUAAUUAAUCAUCUUAAUUUGUUUAUAUAUAUAUAAGUUCAAUUUCUCAUUCUUUUUAGUUCUUUCUUCUAUUUAGUAAAUUACUUUAUAGCCGUCAUUCUUCCCCCAAUAUCCCUCCUCCUCCUCCUCCUCCUCCUCUCUGGGUCGGCUUAUACUGAAGAAGUAGUAAUAGUAUUCCUCUCUUUCUCCUUUUGCAUGGAUCAGCAGCAACCCGAAAAUCCCCAUUCUUCAAUCUCCAUUCCUCUCCUAAUUGGAGAAGAUCAUCUUAAUUAUCAUCAUCAUCCGCCCCCAAAAUUGGAGGGCCAUGAUGUUGUGGAGGGCUCUACUUCUUUUUACAGAACUUGUUUUAAUGGACUCAAUGCUCUAUCAGGUAAAGCUGCUCUGCAUUUUUAAUUUCACCCUCAUACUUCACCCCUGUGAAUGGACAUUUAAGUAAAGAGGGUCGAUCUUUUUCACAAUUUUUCUUGAGCUUAUCCUCUCUGGAUUCAAAUAUUUCCAUGUUCCCCCAUUUCUAUCUUUAGUUUGCCGCUCUGGGGAAAAGAUUGCUUUUUGAUAAUUUAAUUCCAUGGUAGUGGAAAAUUUGGUACUGAUUUCUUUUGAUUGUGGGAAAACCCGAAGCUUUCUAGUUCUUGUUUAAUGCUUUAAUUAGUCGGUUUAUCACCGAAACGAAAUAAAGAUUGGUUUUUUGAAACUUUUUCUGGGCUUAUCUUUGAUUAGGUUCAAGUUGUCUUGAAGUGUACAAUUCCACUAGAUUUCUGGACUUAUAACUGUUUAGCUGCAUGCUCCCAUGCUUUAUUUCAGUCUGCUUUGUUCUUCCUUCUUUUUUGUCAUGGAAGAUGUGGCAAGCUGUUUCAGUCUGCAAUUAAUUACAAGCAAUGUGUUAUGGAAUGAUUUAGUUGAAUUAGAUAAAUAUAAUUGAUAUUUGCCUGUUCUUUUCCAGGGGUGGGGAUACUUUCAGUACCAUAUGCACUAUCAACAGGAGGAUGGUUCAGCUUGAUACUUUUAUUGGUUAUUGCAUCUUGUGCCUUCUAUACUGGAUUGCUUAUUCAGAGAUGUAUGGAUAUGGAUUCCAGCAUAAGAAGCUAUCCCGACAUUGGCGAGCGCGCUUUUGGGACAAAGGGAAGAACACUUGUGUCCGUUCUCAUGAACACUGAACUGUACAUGGUGGCCACAGGUUUCUUGAUUCUAGAAGGUGACAAUUUAUACAAUCUGUUCCCAGGGGUAUCAUUUCAGAUUGGUGAUUAUACUGUAGGAGGAAGAGAGAGCUUUGUUGUCAUUGUUAGUCUCAUUAUAUUGCCAACUGUUUGGUUGAACAAUAUGAGCAUCCUUUCCAUCAUUUCUGCUGGUGGUGUUUUGGCUUCUGUUGCUCUGCUUUGCUCAAUCUUCUGGACUGGAGCAUUUGAUGGAAUCGGAUUUCAUGAGAAGGGAACUUUUGUAAAUUGGAGAGGUAUCCCCACUGCCGUAAGCCUGUAUUCGUUCUGCUAUUGUGCUCAUCCAGUUUUUCCCACUUUGUACACUUCCAUGAGAAACCGAAAGCAGUUCUCCAAGGUGAUGAUUGUGUGCUUUGUCCUCUGCACUGUAACCUAUGCUUUGAUGGCAGUCUUAGGAUACUUGAUGUUUGGGUCAAACGUGAUGUCUCAGAUAACAUUGAACCUUCCGGUCAAUAAAAUUAGUUCCAAAGUGGCGAUAUACACAACACUGGUGAAUCCAAUAGCCAAAUACGCGUUGAUGGUAACGCCAAUCGUGAAUGCUAUUGAGAACAGAUUGCUCUCCAACUGCCAUAAGAGGUCAUUUAGCCUCUGCAUUCGAUCCAGUUUGGUCGUCAGCACUGUUAUUGUUGCCCUGGUCGUGCCCUUUUUCGGGUACCUCAUGUCACUUGUUGGAGCAUUUCUCAGUGUGUCAGCCUCCAUAGUACUUCCGUGUGUAUGUUUCUUGAAGAUUUCUGGAAUUUACCGAAGAUUCGGUUUUGAGCAGCUGAUCAUAGCCGGAAUCGUGUUAGCAGGCACCAUUAUCAUGAUAAUCGGGACCUACACUUCUGUGAUGGAAAUUGUAAGACAUUUCUAUUUUUUAAACUUUUCAGGACCAAAUCCAUGGUUAGCAAAACAUGUGUAACUUAGAUGAAGCUGUUACAAAUAAGUUUAUCUUGGAAAUGUCUGUCAAGUAGUGGUCCGUUUGACCACAUCGAUUUCAUAGUAUACUUAGUUGCAGUCGAAUUCGUCGGAUGAUUUCGCUGAACAUGCACAGGUGACUGGAGAACAAGAUAGGUAUUGUAUUACUCAGCUAACACAUUCCGUGUGGGGAAGAUAUAUUGUUGCUUUUUUUUGUCUUGAGGAAAUGAAACAGAUAACUAUAGGUGAUGUGUUUUUGCCUUGAGGAAAUCGCACAGGUGG